AUGGAGGAUGUGGUCCUGCCAGUGCGGCAGGAAAAAUUGCUGGAGGAGUUGGCCAGCUGCCAGGAGGAGGCGCCCGAAGAAGACGCGAAGUUCUGCGAUGACUUCGCUGCAUUUCAGGCCUUGCGGAAGAGAUGCCUCGACCAGCAGGCAGCUCGGCGCAAAGAAGGUGAUGCUCAAAGCCAACGCCUUGGAUGGCUCCAGCAGCUGCACCAGGUCAGUUCCGCGGCGGAAGAGGCCCAGCAGCUGGUGAUGGCGAAGCUGAAGCACGUGGAGGCAGAGCAACGAGAGUUGGAGCGGAAGACGAUAUGGCUUCGAAACCAUUGCCAGGAGGCUUUGGAACAUCAAGACCAUCUUAAUGCCUAUGCAGAGCAGAUUGCUGGGAGGUUAGAAGCCUUGUGCUGCUUUGACUCCAUCGCCAAGGAGUUGGACGACUCGGAGCUGGUGUCACGACCGGUCCAGCUGGAGGAGCUUCUGCAGCGUUUGGAAGCUGCAGCGGCCUUUGUCGAGUCGCGCUAUGACUUCCUGGACGCUCCAAGUUGCAGGAAUACCUUCGACCACCUUCGAAAUCGAGUUUGUAUCCUUCUGCGCAGCAACCUGCAGUAUGCGCUGGAGGCGGCCGAUUCGCAGGUUCAAGAUCUCUUGUGGCAGCAGGAGGAGGAUGCGACGUCGGUCGACACUCAGAUUUUUUACACAUCGUUUCACAUGAUUGCCCCGAGUGUGAAGCCUGCCAUGUCCGUGCUUUACCGACAGUCGCAUCUUCAUCGGCAAUACGCUGCAACACUGGAUGCAGCUGAAUCAUCUCUGGCAGAUCUGCGAAGAAGCUUCCCAGCUACCCAUUGGGAGUCACUGAAGGAAUUGACUCCAGAGCUUCCGGAGUUGGUGAGGCAAGCCACGAGCUACCUGUUGGACACCUCCUCGCGGGAGAUCCGCUGCUUCGAAGCCUUCUUCGAGCCACGGCGGCCCCAGGAGGCGCUCCAGUCCCUUUUGAAGGAGCUCUGCCACCGGUGUUGCCAGGUGCUGCUGCCCGCCUUGCGUGAGCACGAGUCGUGGGAGGCCCUGGCAAGCGCUGCGGAGCUGCUGAAGGCAGAGCUCCAAGACUUCCGGGGGGCUCUUGAGGUCCGCUUGGCUUUGCGGGAGAUGUUCGCUGCAGCACAGCAGCAGCUGGUGCGGUUGGCGCGUCAAGAGUUGUCUGCAGUGGACUUGGAGAAGGAUGCAUCAGUGCCUGGCUUCAACGACAGAGCCCUGAAGCUCUUGGCCGCUUGCUACCGAGUCUUAGAGACACCUGACUUCGAAAGCUUGGCCAACAUGCUUUUGGGACCCUCCACGAAAGCUGUCCACCUGGAGAGUGCUCCGGCGCAGCUCUUGCGCCUGUCGCAGCUGCUACGCUUGCGCGAACAGCUGGCCGCCUUCGAGGACGAUCUGCUGUCCACGGAGGUGGUGCGGCCAAGUGGAGUUGCUGGUGACUUGGAGAGGCUCACGCGUGUGACCCUGAAGGGCUGGCGCCUGGCCCGGCACCGACGCUGGGAGGCGGAGAUCCGCGAGGUUUGCAACGGCUUGCUUGAGCACGUGAUCUUUGAUCAGCUCCUGGAGGGAGAGAAGGGUGGCAUUGAAGAAAGGUGUUGCAAGCUUCUUCCUUCGGUCGCAGCGCAUUUCAGGGCCUUUCUGGGUCCUACUACCUCGGUGCUUUUCGAAGUGCUCAAGGAGAGGAUACUCAAGCUUCACUUGCUGGAGGCCGGGCCGCCGGCCGAGAGCUUGGUGCGGUGCCUGGAACGCAUUCUAGACCAUGCGGCAACCGCGCACUUCAGUGACCAGCGCUGUGUUGACGCCGACAGUGUGCAGAUGGAGGACGCUCUGCGCGCGGAAGAAGCGAACAAAAAGAGUCGUCCGGUGAUGCACUGA